AUGGUAAUGAACACCGGUGCCAAAUUUACUUUUGAAACUGGAUUCACUCAAGACCUCCAAGACACUUGUAGAGUAAUUCGUGACAAAGGUGACCACCAGGGUAUUAAGCAUGGCUUGCGCCACAGGCAACGCAUGAAUGGGCAUAUUGAGGAUUUUAAUGGCUAUUUUGUAGAAAAUUUGGAGACAGAACACAUGGGAAGCCUUGAAGCUGUCGUUGUAACUCCUUCUGAUCCAACCCCAACUUGUGUUCUCCCUCUUUCCGCUCUCGAUUCUCAGCUCUUCCUUCGUUUUACUGCUGAGUGUCUCUUGGUCUACACGCCCUGCCCCGGCUUGGACCGCGCCGCCACCUCGGCUCGUCUCAAAGCCGCAUUAGCUCAAGCUUUGGUCCCGUACUACCCAUUUGCCAGCAGGGUCAGGCCUUGCUCCGGUGGAUCGGGCCUCGAGGUAGUGUGCCGGGCCCAGGGCGCGGUGUUCAUCGAGGCCUUUUCUGACCGUUACACAGUCCGCGACUUCGAUAAAGCCCCCCGGACGGUGACUUCCUGGAGAAAAUUCUUGUCCCUAAAUGUACCUGACGUUCUCGACGGAUCACCGCCGCUCGUGGUUCAAUUCACGUGGCUCAACGACGGAGCCACAGCCGUCGGUGUAGGGAUCAACCAUUGUGUCUGCGACGGUGGUGGCCUCGUCCAAUUUCUCAGUUAUUUCGCUGAGCUGGCUUCUGGGAAAUGCCCGGCACUCCAGCCCACACCCGUUUGGAACCGUCAUCUUCUCAACCCAUCACCCGAAAGUCCUGAUCGGGCCUGCCCAGUGAUCCUCACCGAGUUCAACCGGGUGCCCGAUCUUUGCGACUUCAUGACGCUGGUUUCCAGCGAUCUCAAACCAACCUCCAUUAAGUUCGACAAAAGACGCUUGGACGAGCUCAAGCACGUGGCUCGGUCAAUGAGUCCAGUCAGCGAGUCGUCGUCCUACACGUCCUUUGAGGUCCUGGCUGCUCACGUAUGGAGAAGCUGGGCCAGAGCGAUGGCUUUUCCGUCGAACCAGAUCCUGAAGAUUCUCUUCAGCAUCGACGUGCGGAACCGGGUGAAACCGGGCAUACCCGACGGCUACUACGGGAACGCCUUGGUGCUAGGAUGUGCACAGAGUAGCACGAAGGAUCUGGUGCAGAAGGGUCUUGGGUACGGGUCGGCCUUGGUGAGGAGUGCAAAGGAGAGGGUGGACAGCGAGUACGUGAGGAAGAUGAUAAAGUGGGUGUCCGAGUCGAGGGAAAAUCCAUACUCGGUCGGAGUGCUAAUAGUGACUCAGUGGGCAGGGCUGGGUGCUGAAAGGGUUGACUUUGGGUUGGGGAGGCUAAUCCACGUGGCACCCAUUUACGUCGGUCGUUAUUGUUCGCUUUCGCCGGCAUAUGGUGAGAGGGAUGCUCUGAGGGUAAUGAUGGCUGUCCCCACCUCUGCCGUUGACCAGUUCCAAUACUUCCUCACCGCUUCGGCCGCUUCCCGUUUAUGA